UACCGCGAGGCAGUAUCUGCGGCCUGUCUCAAUUUUAUAUAAAUAAAAUGUGAAGCAUGAGAUUGUGCUUUAAUAUAAGUUUAAUUGGCUGCGCCAUAUUUCACCAAGUUAAGGAGGAGCAGGAACAUAAUGUUGUCCGCUGGGAUAUGUGGCUAUCAAUAAUGUGAUCGGAAAAUUCUAACAAUACCUCAAGAGAGAGAGAGUUUCAAUUCUGUAGCUGUUAACAGUGAGAGAUAUCUUAAGCAUAUCAGUUUCUACAUUCUGGAUAUAACGAUACAAAAGACUAACGACGAUGGCGCUUUUGGCUAAUGACAAUUUUACAUACAAAUACAUAUACUCGGAAAAUACAUCAAUUCCAAUGCUCAACAUCACUGAAGAUGACAACAUCACAGCCAAUAACUCUCCCUGUGGCUCUGUGAAUGACAUAGAACUUGACCGGACUUAUAGACUGAUGAUACUCUAUCUUACUAUUGUGUUGUGCCUGAUAGGCAGUGUUCUCGUUAUUCUUUGGAUGUGUUGCAAUCGGCGUAUCUUCCCAAAGUUCAAGCACUAUUCCCGAGUAAACGUGUUCAUCCUGCAUCUGACUGUAGCUGAUCUUCUCGUCAUCAUGUUGGCCAUGGUACCCCAACUUGUCUGGGAGCACGCGGAACGCGACUGGCGGGCUGGGGACAUUAUGUGCCGCCUUGUAAAGUUUCUCCAAAGUUUCUCAAUGAUGGCGAGUAAUUACAUGGUCGUUGUGAUUGCCAUCGAUCGCCAUCAGGCUAUUCGGGCUCCACUUAAAGAGGCUUUCUCGCGACGUAGAAACUAUAUAUGGAAGAUGUCUGGGACUGGCUGGGGUCUAGCUGCGUUGUUUUCGCUCCCGGUGACGGGUGUGUUUCACACGGUAGAAAAAGAGGACGGCGAGACCCGGUGCGAAAACAUCUUUCGGAAUCUACCGCACUGGCAUCGCCAAAUCUGGAUGACCUGGGUAUCAUUCGUCGUGUUUUUCAUCCCCUUUGUCAUGCUGGUCAUCUGUUAUUUGAGGAUAUUCAUGAAAAUUUCAAAAAAGGCUUUACAAAACAGCAGUGUCAAAUACCGUCAAGAAAAAGGAAAGAUAUACUUACAAAGUACGCACUCAAGUUCCCUGCCUAGAGCAAAAAUAAAGACACUUAAAAUGACAUUUGUCAUCCUAUUGACAUUCAUCAUUUGUUCCAUGCCAUAUUUUGUUGUUGAGAUGAUAAUGUCCUACGGCAACUAUUGUCUUAUUUCCAAAAAACUGUAUGCCAUACUCGGAGGAAUGGCGGCGUGUAAUUCAGCCACAAACCCUUACGUGUUCUUAGCAUUCAACAUUAACACUAACUGGUUUAAGCAACUCAAGGAGUGUCGUUCUAACAAGACGCAAUCGCCACUUCGUGGGUACAAUUCCUGUCCCACGGGAUCAACUGGACCACACGCCAACCAUUCUGUGUGCAGGAACAACAGUCAGUUUGUCCCCUUUAAUCGCCAAGAUACGUGCGAGACUCAAGUGGAAAUGAAGAUUCUCAGACAUUGACCAUGUGUUGCUGUAGGUAUUUUUUUUAUAUACAAGGGAACUUUAGUAUGUAGAUCAAUUCAUGCUCGAGUUACGAUUACUAUUUGAAACCAAGAUCUAUCGUUGCUAUAUGUCAGAAGUAUAUAGUUAUGUAAUCCACCUUGAUCCACUCGAGACAAAGCCAUCGUUCUUCGUAUUAGUAUAAGUAAGCUUUUAUUGACACCGCUGACUAAACGUAUUUGUCCUCAUGUUGUCAUGUGUGUAUGACCUGAGUGUAAUAAAGAUAUUUGUUGUU